AUGUUCAACUCAAAUGCAUUCCAGCUGCGCCAGCCCAUGGGCGGGGUCACAGCCAAUCCAUUCCACGAGUCCUGCACUGCACCCGCCGAUCCCGCCAAAACAGCCGCCACUGCCAUCAAGGGCAGGAAACUCAAGACGGCCACCGCACCCCAUGUGGACUCGUUCAACUACAUGGUCAAGCAUGGCCUCGAGCAGGCCGUGGCCGACCUUGACCCCCUGACCUUUGUGGCCCAGAACAAAACCAUCAGUUUGAGCAUUGCCAAAUGCCGCCUCGAGCAGCCCACCGUCAGUCGCAAAGAAGGCUUUUCCACUGCCAAUGCCCUCUACCCUGCGGAAUGCCGUCAACGGCGCGUCACAUACAAGGGUGACUUUUAUCUCACCGUCAACAUUGAGGUCGAGGGCCAGCCCAAUGCCUGGCAGGUCGAGCGCUACGUCGGGCAGCUUCCCAUCAUGAUCAUGUCCAACGCCUGUCGCCUCAAUGGCCUCAGCCCUCGCGAACUUGUCAUGAAGAAGGAAGAAGCUCAGGAGAUGGGUGGCUACUUUAUCAUCAACGGCAACGAAAAAAUUGUUCGCAUGCUCCUCAUGCCUCGCCGCAACCACCCCAUCUGCCUUGAUCGCCCGUCCUACGUCAAUCGUGGCCCCGGCUACUCCUCGUAUGGUGUCCAGAUGCGCUGUGUUCGCCCAGACCAAUCGGCACAGACCGUGGUCGUCCAUUACAAGAAUGAUGGUACCUGCACCCUCGGCUUUUCAUACCGCAAGCAACAGUAUCUGAUCCCGGCCAUCCUCCUACUUCGUGCCCUAUCGGGCGUCUCGGACCGCCAAAUCUUCAUGGAUAUCGUUCGCGGUGACAUGAGCAACUCUUUCCUGGUGGAACGCGUUGAAAUCAUGCUUCGCCAGUACACCCGCGAGCGUUUGUUCUCGCAACAGGCCUGCCUUGCCUAUCUUGGCAACCUUUUCAAGGUCAUCCUCAAUCUGCACCCUGAGACCUCAGAUGUGGAGGCCGCUCACAUUCUCUUCAAACGCGUCUUGCUCGUUCAUAUUGCCCCCAAUGACUUUCAAGCCAAGUACCGCGUCCUUGUCGGCCUCAUCCGACGAGUGUACAGCCUGGCUGCUGGCAGUACCCAGCCUGACAACGCUGACUCGCAGAUGCUGCAGGAACUGCUCCUGCCCGGCCACAUCUACUGCGCCUUUGUCAAGGAACAAAUGAGCGAAUACCUGGUGGCCAUGCAGAAAUUGGUGCAGACUGACUUGCGCAUGGGCAAAACUGUGGACGUGAGCAACACCAACUAUUUGCAGACCGACGUCAUGCGUCGCUGCCCAGACAUUGGAAGCAAGCUCGAGUACUUUAUGAGCACGGGCAACCUCAACUCGCCCACGGCCCUUGAUCAGAUGCAGGUCACCGGCUUUACCAUUGUUGCGGACAAGCUCAACUUUCUCCGCUACCUGUCUCAUUUUCGCUGCGUGCAUCGUGGUGCCUACUUCUCGCAAAUGAAGACCACGGCCGUCCGCAAGCUGCUCCCGGAGGCUUGGGGCUUUCUUUGCCCCGUCCACACUCCCGAUGGUGCCCCUUGCGGUCUCCUCAAUCACUUGGCUCGCCACUGUCUGCCCCCGACCGAGCCCGUGGACAUCAGCUCCCUGCCCCCCACCCUUCUGGGCUUGGGCAUGAUUGCUGUUAGCGAGCAACCACACUUUCACUGCCUGGACGUGCUCCUGGACGGCCAUCUUGUUGGCUUUCUCGCUCUCGAGCAAGCUCCCAAGUUUGCCGAGCAGCUCCGUAUUUUGAAGAUUCGCGACGAUGAGCGGGUACCCAACACUCUGGAGAUUGCCUACGUUGCCCCGCGCGCCGCUGGCCAAUUUCCAGGCUUGUACCUGUUCAGCACGCCCGCGCGCCUGCUGCGGCCUGUGCGCAACCUGCGGAUGAAGAGCACCGAGUUUGUCGGCUCGUUUGAGCAGGUCUACCUCAAUGUGGCCGUGGACCCCAAGGAGUUUGUGUCUGGCGAGACGACGCACAUGGAGCUUACCAAGCAUGGCUUUCUCAGCAUCGUGGCCAGUUUCACGCCCUUUUCCGAUUUCAACCAGUCACCUCGUAACAUGUACCAGUGCCAGAUGGGCAAGCAGACCAUGGGUGUCCCUGGUCAAGCUAUCAAGUACCGCGCUGACAACAAGUUAUACUCACUCAACAGCGGUCAAACACCUUUGGUACGGCCGCGUGCCUACAAUGAGUAUGGCGUGGACAACUUUCCCGUGGGCAACAACGCCAUCGUUUGCGUCAUUGCGUACACGGGCUAUGAUAUGGAAGAUGCCAUGAUCUUGAACAAAGGAUCAGUGGAGCGUGGUUUCAUGCAUGCGCGCGUGCUGGCAACCAAGGUCAUUGAUCUCACGGAAAAAACCAAAUCGCGAGUCUGCCACUACUAUUUUGGUGUCUUGCCCAAGGAUCGCUCUGCCAAUCUCAAGAUGGAGAAGCUUGAUGCCGAUGGGCUCCCGCGCGUUGGGGCGCACAUCAAGGAAGGCGAUGCUCUCUACUCCUACAUUGAUGGCUCAACCAACGAGUCGCGAACGGAAAUUUACCGCGGCGAACCUGCCAUCAUUGAUCGCAAGGUCACCAUUCGCCUCAGCAUCAACCGCAACCCUAUCAUCGGUGACAAGUUUGCCUCCCGCCACGGACAAAAGGGUAUUCUUUCGCAGUUGUGGCCCACCGCAGACAUGCCCUUCAGCGAGUCUGGCAUCAUUCCCGACAUUCUCUUCAAUCCCCACGGUUUCCCUUCGCGCAUGACCAUCGGCAUGCUCAUUGAGAGCAUGGCUGGCAAGUCGGCUGCCUUGCACGGCGUGGCGCACGAUGCCACGCCUUUUAUGUUCAACGAGAAUGAGCGUGCUGUCGAUUACUUUGGUGAGCAGCUGCGGACGGCCGGGUAUAACUAUCACGGCCACGAGCGCAUGUACUCGGGCAUCACGGGCGAGGAAUUUGAGGUGGACAUUUUCAUCGGCAAUGUGUUCUAUCAGCGCCUGCGUCACAUGGUGUCUGACAAGUUCCAGGUGCGAACGCAAGGUCCCGUGAACAGCCUGACGCGGCAGCCCGUCAAGGGUCGCAAGAAGAACGGUGGCAUUCGUUUCGGCGAGAUGGAGCGUGAUGCUUUGCUGGGCCACGGCACCGCCUUCUUGCUUCAAGAUCGCCUCUUCAACUGCUCUGACCGCUCAGAGGUGGAUGUGUGCCGGAAAUGUGGCAGCCUUUUGUCCCCGUAUUCAUCGGAAAAGACGGCGGCCAAUCGUAUUCGUGUGCUGCGCUGCCGUGGUUGCAGUGACGGCGGCGAGGUGGUUCGGGUUAACCUUCCCUACGUGUUUCGGUAUUUGACAGCUGAGCUGUCGGCCAUGAACAUUCGCCUCAGUCUGGAUGUAGCGCCCAUUGUCGCAUAG